AAAAAAAAACAAAUAACGUUAACAACUUUUACUGGAAACGUUAGUCGUUGUCAAUUUGGUGCUUGAAGUGGAACACUUGUGAUAUUUGUUGGCCCUGAAAGAAAAAGCAAAAGCGUAACAACUAUGGUCAAACUGUGGAAUUCUCUAACCCGCCGUAAGACGGACGAUGUCAACGAGGAUGAAUCGAAGCUGGCCCGUGUGUUGAAUCUGUUUGAUCUGACGGCGCUGGGUGUGGGCAGCACAUUGGGUCUUGGCGUCUAUGUGCUGGCCGGCCAGGUGGCCUACAAUAUUGCUGGUCCGGCGGUGACCAUAUCAUUUUUGAUAGCUGCCGUUGCCUCGGCCUUUGCCGGCAUUUGCUAUGCCGAGUUUGCGGCUCGAGUGCCCAAAGCGGGCAGCGCCUAUGUGUACAGUUAUGUGACCAUUGGCGAGUUUGUGGCAUUCACCAUUGGCUGGAAUUUGAUACUGGAGUAUGUGAUUGGCACCGCUUCGGUGGCGCGUGGCCUGAGCGGCUACUUUGACUCGCUGAUUGACAACAACAUGUCCAAGGCGCUCAACUCGACGAUGCCCAUCAAGGUUAGCUUUCUGGGCGACUAUCCGGAUUUCUUGUCCUUUGGCAUGAUUCUGCUGCUGGCUGCCCUGUUGGCCUUUGGCGCCAAGGAGUCCAGUUUCAUGAACAACAUCUUCACGUGCGUCAAUCUGGCGACCAUUGCCUUGGUGCUCGUUGCUGGUGCCAUGAACGCCAAUCCGGAUAAUUGGCGCAUUCCCGCCGAAGGACUGCCCGAAUGGGCUGGAACCGGUGGCUUUAUGCCCUUUGGCAUUGCUGGUGUGAUGGCUGGAGCAGCCAAAUGCUUCUUCGGCUUUGUUGGCUUCGAUUGCAUUGCGACGACCGGCGAGGAGGCUAUCAAUCCCAAGCGUAACAUUCCCUUGGCCAUUGUGGUCUCACUGAUCAUCAUCUUUCUGUCAUACUUUGGUAUCUCCACCGUGCUGACCAUGAUGAUGCCGUAUUAUCUACAAGAUCCGGAGGCACCCUUCCCCGCCGCCUUCGAUGCCGUCGGAUGGUAUACGAUCAAAUGGAUUGUAACAAUUGGUGCCGUAUUUGCGCUCUGCACCAGCCUGUUGGGUGCAAUGUUCCCACUGCCCCGCAUCCUGUAUGCGAUGGGCAACGAUGGCAUUCUGUUCAAGCGUCUGUCCAAGGUGCAUCCGUAUACAAAGACACCGCUGCUGGCUACCAUAGUCUCUGGCAUCUUUGCUGCACUGAUGGCGAUGCUGUUCAAUUUGGAUCAAUUGGUGGACAUGAUGUCCAUUGGCACACUGCUCGCCUACACGAUUGUGGCCAUUUGUGUGCUGGUGCUGCGCUAUCAGGAUGAGCAGAUGACCAAAGUGAUCUCUGUGCGGGCACCCAACAUCUUCCGUCAGCUCUUUUGCAAUGCUUACAAGGAGCCCAACACGUUGACAUCGGCGAUAACCAAAGUUGCCAUCGUCGUCUUUUCCAUAUUCUGCAUAAUUUGGUGCAUCUUUAUGCAGGUCUUUGAAUUGGACUCGACCGGCGGCAUUGUAUCACUGAGCCUGGUUGGCGUUAUCCUUAUCUGUAUAUGCGUUAGCAUUGGCAUGCAACCGGUCUCGACCAUUGAGUUAACCUUCAAAGUGCCCCUGGUGCCGUUUGUGCCCUGUUUGAGUGUCUUCGUCAACUUGUAUCUGAUGUUCCAGCUGGAUCUGUACACCUGGAUUCGUUUCCUCAUCUGGGUUUUCAUUGGCUAUUGCAUAUACUUCACGUAUGGCAUUCGCAAAUCAACGCAAAUUUCCAGAAAUCGCAAUCAUGCUGAAGUAGCAGCAAAUGACAUGCAGAAUCCCGAGCUCUCCGAGCAGCAUGAGAAUCGCGGCUUCGAACCGGACUCGAAGAUUGAGAACGGUGUUAAAGCCGCGCAGCCGACUUAUGAUUAUUCGGAAAAGCUUUAGAUUCGACUCGGCUAGUCGGAAAUCAAAGUGGAAAAGUAUUAUAAGUGAAGCUGUUUUCACAUCUGACUUUUAACUGAGCAAAUAUUCCAUUUAACUACUUUAUUUAUAAUGCUUAAACAAUUUUUUACUUAGACCACUUCUGGGUUUCGUUUUCGACACAAGAAAAAGUAUUUCUUUCACAGUUUUAAAUGAAGAAAAAUCAAAUCGAAAACGAAAUGUCAAAAGGAAUAUUCAAUUCAGUUAGAGUCUGCCUUGUGAAGUCAGCUUAAAUUGUUGUAUAGUCAGUUGAACGAUUUUUAUAUAAAAACCACCCCCCCCACACUUAUCUAGUAAGUUCAAAUAUAUCUUGAGUUUAGCUUGCAUGUGUUUGUGAGAGAGAUGAAUAGAUUGCGCAUAAAAAUUAAAUGAGUCCUUCAGGUGCUUUGCCCAUCUCUAUGGACUUGUUAUUUUUGUGCGCCUGAAAUUGUAGACACACACGACAUUCCCAAAGGCCGCUAAAUGUAUACUCUUUUAUUCAAUUUUCUUUUUGAUAUUUUUAAAAAAAUUUUACAUUUUUCACAGACUCAUUUUUAUAUAUAUAUUUCUAAUAACUUUGCUGCCUUUCAUUUCUGUACAUAUAAUGUCCCCAUAUUGUUGUGAUAUUUGUAAAUAUAUAUAUAUAUGUAUAUAGUGUUAUAAUGUUUUGCAUUUAUUUAUAUAUGUAUAUGUAUAUGUAUUUCUGUCACACUACUUGUUGUAAUAAUAUUAAUAAUGUCAUACAUUCUUAUGCAAUUCUAUUUAAGAUAGUUAGCCAAUAAGUUCCUUCCCAAUAUAUAUAUAUAUAUUAGUUAAGUGAAACAGAAACGAAUUUUCCACAAUUAUUGUUAGUUAAAUAAAACGAAAUGUUGUACCAGAAGAGAA